AUGGCUGGGGCUAAUCCAAUACCCAACCUUUUUCCCGACAACCUCCACAUAAGCAGCGAUGAGAACGCGUCCUGUUCUGCCGAUGAAUCUCACACUUUAGGAAGCAAAAACACAAAUGAUGACAGAAAAAGCUCUGAUACAAAUUAUCUAAAGGAGCUUUUAUCGAGCUUCAAGGGCCACGAACUCGACGAUUAUAAAGCACAGCUAGGAGGCCAGAAGUUCUACUUGAGCGAAGAAAUCGAUAGAAGAAUGAUGGCGUUACAGUACAGAGCCUACUUAGAGCCUGAGGUUGAAGAAGAGUCUGUUGAUUUUCAAGCAUACAAUAGGAAAGUUGAGAGAGAAUACCUGCUGCGAAAAAAAAUGGAGAGCCUCAUUCAGAACAAAGGAAGAGAACCUCUCGAAGUAUUUGGUUCGGAUGUUCUGUACUCUAACUUUGUGGCUGGUGACGAUGCUUCUCAAUCAAACAUUAAACCAUCUAGGGCGCGGCAGCGGCUACAGAAAAUCGUGGGAUCCCCACAGAAGUCCCUGCCGUCUUUAUUCAAGAACUCACUAUCAAGAACCGGAACUUCGGACACUCAGAUAAUUGACCUUGAAAAGAACCAUGACGGGAUCAUUGAUGAACGCAUUCCUGCUCAAUCUUAUGAAUAUCAGCCAGGGCUAGCUGUAAAACGUCCCGAAAGAACACAUUCAAUACUAAGACGAUUAAGCAUAUUCCCUCACGGAAUAGGAGAGGAACAAUACUCCGUGCAAAGAAAGCUGGGCAUUCGCCAUAUUCAGAUGAUCGCUACCGGGGCCACGAUGGGCGUUGGCCUGUUUCUCAACUCUGGCAAAGCCCUUUCUAUAGCCGGCCCAUUUGGUUUUGUUCUUGGAUUCUCCAUUUGUGGAAGUGUAGCUUUGGCUACUAUGCUGUCAUUUACUGAAAUUGCUGCCCUUAUCCCAAUAUCUUCUGGAUUCUCUGGAUUGGCGUCACGCUUUGUCGAGGAUGCAUUCGGAUUCGCGCUUGGGUGGUCUUAUUGGCUCACUUACGCCAUAACUUUCGCAAACCAAAUCGUAGCGAGCAAUUUCAUGCUCAGCUAUUAUGAGAACAUGCGCGACCAAAGAGGCGCCACUGUCGGGUUUGUGACAUUCUUUCUUAUUAUUGCGGUUUUGGGAAACUUACUGGACGUCCGAAUUUUAGCCGAGUUGACUUAUGGUUUUACUUUCUUCAAGAUUCUGGUUGCUGCCAUGAUGAUUUUUGCAAUGAUUGUUUUGAAUGCAGGCGCAGGACGCCACCAUCACCCAGCAGUUGGCUUCAGAUUUUGGGAUGCUUCAAAGUCACCAGAGAACUUGACAUAUGGGCUUUUUAGGCCAACCUUUGACCUACGGGAUAUUGGGAGUGGUAGCAAAAAAGGAAUAUCGGGCGCGAAAGGGAGAUUUCUUUCUGUGCUGGUUGUUAUUGUUGUCUCCUCGUUCUCUUUCAGUGGUAUUGAGCUGGGCUUCGUGGCCUGUGGUGAGGCGGCAAACCCAAGAAAGUCACUUCCUUCAGCGACAAAAAGGACUUUCACUACAAUCAUCACUUUGUAUCUUCUCUCGAUUUUCGUGGUCAGUUUGAAUGUUUACAGUGGAGACUCGAGGCUUUUGAGGUAUUACACAGCUGCUACCCAAUCGCCGACUACUGUUUUACUUCACGCGUUUAAUACAAAUUGGCAGAUCGACGAGACCUGCAACAAAAAUGUGAUUUUUAGUUCUACUGACUUUAGUAAUGGAAGCCAAAGUCCGUGGGUUCUUGCAUUGGAGAGUUUUGGGCUCUGUACUUUUUCCUCUGUUUUCAAUGCCAUUCUCGUGGUCUUUGGUGUAACAUCGGAAUUCUCGUCAUUAUACGCAUCCAGCAGGACACUCUAUUCAAUGGCUACCCAAGAAAAGGCUCCUGCGGUUUUCAAACUAUGCUCUCGCAAUGGUGUUCCUUAUGUUGCAGUACUAUUUUCGGGACUUUUUGGUGCUUUGGCGUACCUUACUAUAAAUUCACGUUCGCUGGAAAUAUUUCAGGCCUUAGCAAACAUUUCGGGCGCAACGAUAUCUAUAAUAUGGCUGGGUCUCAAUGUUUCCUUUCUACGCUUCUACUACGCUUUGAGAAAAAGAACUGAUAUCAUAUCAAGAGACGAUCCAUCAUUUCCAUACAGGUCGCCCUUUCAACCUUAUGUGGCAUGCUAUGGUUUGAUAGGCUCGUUUCUGAUUGUUGUAUUGAUGGGAUUUUCGAACUUUCUUCAUGGCUUCUGGAAUACUAAGAUGUUCUUUUCCUCAUAUGGUGGUCUUAUGUUCUUUACGAUAUGCUACCUUGGUUACAAGGUUUUCGGAACAUCUAAAUUACAAAGACUUGAUCAGCUCGACCUAGAUAGCGGAAGAAGGGAAAUGGACCGCAUGAUUUGGACUGAACAUCGGGAGUACACGAAUUCACUACGUGAGAAGGUAACGAGGUUCGUCACGUGGCUUUUUUGA